GUUCCAUUCAUUGAUGGGAGGGUAUUGAAUGCUGCUCCUGCCCAGAGCAAUGGAAGGAUCCCUGUGUGUGAGUUUGCUCCGUCUGACUGGGACACAGAGUUUGCUGUGAGCAAGUGGAAGAGGAGCCGGAGGACUGGCACUAAGGAUGGGAUUCUAUGGACUUGCUCAUGUGUCUCGCUGUGUGUCUGGCUGUGCCCUGGGAAUACUCUACAUUGCUGCUUUAGGCAACCUGGCAUGGAGCUCGUCUGAGUUCUCAGGUUACAUUUCUAGGAUAUUAAAGAAUUAUACACUGCGUGCAUGUGAUGGAGAAUAUGUUUCACUUAGAUGCCCUCACAGGACCACCAUCAGCAUCCAGUCAUCCUUCUACGGCCGAACCCUGCCCAGCCACCAGAUGUGCCCGUUACAGUACCCGCGUUCAUUUGAAACCUUUAUUAAGGAGGAUGUGUCCUGCUCGUCUGACACCUCACUACAGAAAAUGCUGGAUGAGUGCCAGGACCGGAGAAAUUGCCACCUCCUUGUUAACAGCCGAUUAUUUGGUUCAGACCCAUGUCCCGGAACCAGUAAAUAUCUCAUUGUACAGUACAAGUGCCGGCCAAAUGAAUACAAAAGCAAAGUGGCGUGUGAAGACGACAAGCUGAGGCUGAGCUGUAAGAAGAGCACUGUUAUUGCUGUCUAUGCAGCCAUCUUUGGUCGGGUACAUGGGGGCAGUCUGGAGUGUCCGUUCCAAAAUCUGGGCUUCCCUUCUGUAGAGUGCCAGUCGGCCUUGGCCCUUCCGGUGAUGACCAAGCGAUGCCAAGGUAGGAGGAGCUGCAGUGUGUAUGCCAGCACCUAUGACUUUGGAGACCCAUGUUACCCCGGUGUCCGGAAACAUCUUAAUGUCAUCUAUACAUGUGUGCCGAAGAAACUGCUCUAUGAAACUGAGCCAAAGUCAACAAAUAAGCAAGGAAUCCCACAAACACACUUCCCUCGGCAGCGGGGAGCGUACGAUCGGAAUGUUGUAGGAGAUGGGGCCUUCUACGCUGAUCCGGCUUUUAUAACAGAGCAGCAGCUGCCAGAGAAGAAGAAGGGAAGAGCUGCUGCCUUUUAUCCGGCUAGUAACGACCCUUCUAUGGAUGAGGCUUACCAGCCUGUUACCAACCGCACUAUGGCACCCGUGGGUCAGAUCAACAAGGAGAUGGCCGUGCUCAGCAACAUCAUGGCAGCAUAUUCCUUUAUCACAGAAAAUCCAGAGAGAGCUGCUUUGUAUUUCGUAUCGGGAGUGUGCAUCGGCCUCAUUCUCACCCUGGUGGCGCUGGUAAUGAGGAUAUCCUGCCAGGCCGACUGCAAAAGGACCACGGUGAAGAAGGCUCCCAGGAGACAGGACAUUGACAGUGACACCAGCGACAGCGACGAUGACUCCGACACCACGUCAGACUUGUCGGCCAGGAGGCAUCGACGCUUUGAGAGGACUUUGAACAUGAACGUUUUUACCUCCGCCGAGGAGUUGGAGAGGGCACAGAGGCUUGAAGAACGGGAGCGCAUCAUCCGGGAAAUAUGGAUGAACGGCCAACCGGACAUCCCAGGGACAAGAAGUCUCAACCGGUACUAUUAGCGUGGAACCUAAUUUCUCUGGAAUUCAUAUUCUCCUGGUUUCCUUAAAUAAUAGGAUGGACCAAUGAACAGAAGAGCUUGUGCUCACCUGGAAAAAGAGUUAAGGGAACCGCCUGAAGGAAAUAUUAAAAGCUUCUCUAGGCAUGUCCCCUGGAUUUGCUUGGAGAAGGCCUGAUCUUUGUUGGACAUACAGUAUAUUAUGCUAUGACAUAAUGGGGCCAUUUUACUGGCGUGGACAAUCGUGGACUUCCCAAUGCAGGAAGCCUGCUGCAAUUCAUGGGCAUUUUCACGGAGGUGCAGAAAGGAGCCUCCGAUUUGUUAAGAACAUCUCUGUGCUUUGUGACUGAACGUUAGAAAAUAUUUAAGACUUUUGGAGUCUCUCCUGGCAUUUAAACUGACACCUCAGGGAUGAAAUCCUACUGGACUGAAGUACAAUAGGUUUUGUUUGGUGGGUGGGGUAUGCAAAUUAUGGUAUUAUGACCGAGAAGUUGGGAUUCUUGGAGCGCCGUGUUUGUGAUCUCUGUGCAGUGCAUUGGAUCGCCACUCAACGGUUGACAGCUAGAAGGGAAACGUCAUCAGGGUUGGCUGUAGGGUAGGGCAGAGAGGGCAUUUGCUCUGGGUCCCAACUUUCUAGGGCCUCCUUCACCUUAUUGGUGAACAUUCAAAAGGUAUUUAUCCUGUUAGAGAUGUUGAACCUGUGGCCCUACAUCUGUUGUCAAACAACACCUACCAGAAUCCCCAGAGAUUCUGAGAAUUUCCAUCAAGCAAGAGGGCAACAGGUUGUACGUCCUUGAUAUCCUCCAUUUUUUUUCUCAAACCGAGGCUGCCACCUCCUUACAGUAGGCGGGGCCUCGUUUCCCUCCGGCCCUGUGUGUCAGACAAUAACAGCCUCAGAGAGGUUGACUUUUACUUUCUUGUUUGUUUCAAAUAUGUAUAAAUAUCUAUUUUUGGAGAUAACUGCACAGUGAUGUGCCUUAUUAAUUAUCUGUGUGUCCAGCCAUGUUUUCUCUAUGGUUGGCAAUGCAGUUUUAUAUAUAUAUAUAUUUUAUGAGAGGGAAAAUCCAUUGUUUGUAUGCUGAAGAAUAAAGAGACCAAAUGCGUCUGAAGAGCAGUGAAACAAAUAAACAGAAUAUGGUUUUGUAUUUA